UAGGUCAGAGGGAGUUUACAGUGAUAGGGCGGAACUAACGUUUCAGGAACUGAGACUAGAGGAAAAUUAAGCUUCAAUUUAAUUACUGCAGAGUUUAGUCGUGUUGGUCGACCACUCCAAUCUCCCAACGACAUCAAGGGUGCGGUCGCAGUUUGUUUGGGGGUGUUUACAGGGUGUUCCCUGAACUUCCUUCAUAUUUUCCCUGCUGUAUUUGUCACGGAGGGAGGCGGUAGAACCGAACGCACGGCAGCCAUCUUUGGAACCUGCCUGGCUUCGAGAUCUUGGGCCCCUGUUAGUUCAAGGGUGGAGACUUUAGACAGCAAUAUUGUUCAAAAAUAGAGCAAGGAAUUUGUUGACAACUUCGAAAACCCUCAGCGAUCGGUCCAAGAGCGGUAUUACACGGGACAAAAUACAGAUCCGGCACUCCUGUUCCAAAUCGGCUGAACCACACGACACACUACGCGUAAACCUGGCCUGUCGGAAGGGUACUGACACGCAUGAGGCGGCUGUCCUGCAGAUGAGCCAUCGGCGGGGGCUGUUGCCUCGCUGUCGCAGAUCCAGAUAGUCCCUGGCAGCGGCGACACUGCCCCCUCCCCCCCUCCCGGUCCUCAGCAUGCCCAACAGCAGCCGGGCUGGGAGCCUGAAGGACCCCGAGGUCUCCGACCUGUUCUUCAAGGAGGACCCUGAGAAGCUCUUCUCAGACCUGCGGGAGAUCGGCCAUGGAAGCUUCGGAGCCGUCUACUUUGCACAUGAUGUUCGGACAACUGAGGUGGUGGCCAUUAAGAAGAUGUCUUAUAGUGGAAAGCAGUCCAAUGAGAAAUGGCAGGACAUAAUCAAGGAGGUGAAGUUUCUCCAGAGAAUACAGCACCCCAACAGCAUAGAGUACAAAGGAUGCUACCUGAGAGAGCACACAGCCUGGCUGGUCAUGGAGUACUGUCUGGGCUCUACCUCCGACGUACUGGAAGUUCACAAGAAACCUCUCCAAGAAAUGGAAAUCGCAGCGAUUACCCAUGGUGCUCUGGAGGGCUUAGCUUAUCUCCAUUCCCACAACAUGAUUCACCGAGAUAUUAAGGCUGGGAACAUCUUGCUGACAGAGCCUGGCCAGGUGAAGCUUGCAGAUUUUGGUUCUGCCUCCAUUGCCUCUCCAGCCAACUCCUUUGUAGGGACUCCAUAUUGGAUGGCCCCAGAGGUGAUCUUGGCCAUGGACGAGGGUCAGUACGAUGGGAAAGUGGACAUAUGGUCUCUGGGAAUAACCUGCAUCGAAUUAGCGGAGAGGAAACCACCCCUCUUUAACAUGAAUGCGAUGAGUGCCUUGUACCACAUAGCACAGAAUGAGAGCCCGACCCUGGAGUCAAGUGAAUGGACGGAUUACUUCCGAAAUUUUGUUGACUCUUGCCUUCAGAAAUUCCCCCAAGACAGACCCAACUCUGAGGAGCUGUUAAAGCAUGCAUUUGUACAGCGCGAGCGUCCCGAUUCUGUCCUGAUGGACCUCAUCUUGCGGACCAAGGAUGCCGUGCGGGAGCUGGACAACCUGCAGUACCGCAAGAUGAAGAAGAUCCUGUUCCAUGAGGCCCACAACGGCCCUGCAGCCGAGGCCCAAGACGAGGAUGAGGAGCCAGAGAACAGCAUGGGCCGAACGGGCACGGUGAACAGCGUGGGCAGGACAGGCACGGUGAACAGCGUGGGCAGUAACCAGUCCAUCCCCAGCAUGUCCAUCAGCGCCAGCUCCCAGAGCAGCUCCGUCAACAGCCUGACGGAGGCAGGCGACGACAAGAGCGAGCUGGACAUGAUGGAGGGAGACCACACGGUCAUGUCCAACAGCUCCGUCAUCCACCUCAAACCGGAGGAAGAGACCUCAGAGGAGUCUCAGGCUCACAGCCGGCCGACAGAGCCCAUGUCUCCACCUGUCCACACUCCACGGCCUAAACACCAGCGCAACCGCGAGCACUUUGCCACCAUACGCACAGCCUCCCUGGUCACCCGUCAGAUGAAGGAGCACGAGCAGGACUCUGAGCUGCGGGAGCAGAUGUCUGGGUAUAAGCGCAUGCGGCGGCAGCACCAGAAGCAGCUGAUGGCCCAGGAGAACAAGCUGAAGGCAGAGAUGGACGAGCACCGGCUGAGGCUGGACAAGGAGCUGGAGAACCAAAGGAACAGCUUCGCCCAGGAGAUGGAGAAGCUCAUUAAGAAACACCAGGGAGCCAUGGAGAAAGAUGCAAAGACGUUCUCCAAUGAUGAGAAAAAGUUCCAGCAGCACAUCCAGAGCCAGCAGAAGAAGGAACUGAGCAGCUUCCUGGAGUCUCAGAAACGAGAAUACAAACUCCGCAAGGAGCAGCUCAAAGAGGAGUUAAACGAGAACCAGUCGACCCCCAAGAAGGAGAAGCAGGAGUGGCUGUCCAAGCAGAAGGAGAACUUCCAGCACUUCCAGGCGGAAGAGGAGGCUAACCUGCUGCGCAGACAGAGGCAGUACCUGGAGCUGGAGUGUCGCAGAUUCAAGAGGAGGAUUCUUGUCGCUCGCCACAACGUGGAGCAGGACCUGGUGCGCGAGGAGCUGAACAAGCGUCAGACCCAGAAGGACCUGGAGCACGCCAUGCUGCUGCGCCACCACGAGUCCAUGCAGGAGCUGGAGUUCCGCCAGGUCAACACCAUCCAGAAGAUGCGGGCGGACCUGAUCCGCACGCAGCACCUGACGGAGCUCACCAACCAGCAGGAGUACAACAAGAGGAGGGAGCGCGAGCUGCGGCGCAAGCACGUCAUGGAGGUCCGCCAGCAGCCCAAGAGCCUCAAGUCCAAAGAGCUCCAGAUCAAGAAGCAGUUCCAGGACACGUGUAAGAUCCAGACCAGGCAGUACAAGGCCCUGAGGAACCACCUGCUGGAGAGCACGCCAAAGUCGGACCACAAGGCCGUCCUGAAGCGCCUGAAAGACGAGCAGACCCGCAAACUGGCCAUCCUGGCUGAGCAGUACGACCACACCAUCAACGAGAUGCUGUCCACUCAGGCGUUGAGGCUGGACGAGGCUCAGGAGGCCCAGUGCCAGGUGCUGCGCAUGCAGCUGCAGCAGGAGCUGGAGCUGCUCAACGCCUACCAGAGCAAGAUCAAGAUGCAGACGGACGCCCAGCACGAGCGCGAGAGGAAGGACCUGGAGCAGAGGGUGUCGCUCCGCCGGGCCCUGCUGGAGCAGAAGAUCGAGGAGGAAAUGCUGUCCCUGCAGAACGAGCGCCAGGAGAGGAUCCGCAGCCUGCUGGAGCGUCAGGCCCGGGAGAUCGAGGCCUUCGACUCGGAGAGCAUGCGCCUAGGAUUCAGCAACAUGGUGCUGUCCAACCUCUCCCCUGAAGCCUUCAGCCAUAGCUUCCCCGGGGCCCCCGGCAACUGGUCCCAUCCCCCGACGCCCCACCAAUCAGGGGGCUCCCAGGGUCAUCACUGGGGAAGUGGGGGUGCAGGGGGAAGCCACCAAGGCAGCCAUCACCACUACCACUCCAGUCAGGGGGGGUCCCCCAUGCAACAGUCGUGGGGCCAAGGCAUGCAGGCAGGUGGGGCCCCCCAGCCAUGGGGCCACCCCUCAGCCGGUCCCCUGAGCUCCAGGGCUGGCGGAGGUCUGCAGAACAGCCCUCAGGGUCUGGGGAGGACAGGCUCCGGGGGGCGCGGCGAGCAGGCCAUGAGCAGGAGCACCAGUGUCACCUCUCAGAUCUCCAACGGGUCCCACCUGUCUUACACAUAGGCUAGCCCCACAAGCCCUGGAGGACCACUGGAGGCGGAGGACCAUGGACUCCACGGGAAGAGCAGUGAGGGACCAGGCCCCGGGCACAGUUUUGACUAUCCACCCCUCUCCCAACCCUUCACCUCCCCUCUUAACUGUCCCAUUUUGCAGGUGUGUGGGUGUGUAUGGGAAUAAAUAUUGCUCAGGUCAAAAGGGCUGAAAGAGGCAUGGUUCCUCUAUACAGCAAAUAUUGGCACACAUCCAGAUCAGUCCAUUUGUCUAUGUUAAACCCUUCAAGUGUCAACACUUCAUAUUCCCAUUUUAAUUUACAGCUCACACUCACUGAUAUUUGUUUUCCUCUCGUGCAUGUACAUAAUAUGAUGCGCUCUUCACAGCCACUGCUUUCUGUUUGCACAAAGACUGCUGUUAGAAAAAAGCCUUUCGGCACGGCACCACGUUUACUUGGAGAAAAAAAGAAAAAAAAAUUGGUGUGAAGCAGUCACAGCAAGAUGAGGUUGUUCAGGAAAUCCCAAAACAUACAAAAUCCCAGUGAACUUCAAAUGCUCUGCUUUGUUGGCAAAAUACUGUCCUCCUGUGCCAGUCUGCUGUUAGUCGUUUUAGUUCGAUCCAUUCCCAAAUUAGAAGAAUGUACCUGCUCUCUGCACCGACUCUGUAAACAUUCAGAUUUGAUGCCACUUGCACAGUAGAUUGACUACCCAAGUUGCUAGGAGCCAGGUCUGUUACAGGAGUUCCACGUCGUCUGUGAGGUUGGGAAACAUAAGCUAGUAAGAUCGCAUGUUUGACUUUAUAUUUAUUUGAAUAUAGCCAACCCUACUUAGUGCCAGUCAGUUGUUACAGAGUGUGGAUAAUGUUUAUUUACUUUUAGGAAAGAAAUUCUGUAGUUUUUUUUUUUUUUUUUUUAAGCAGUUUUAUUUGUUACAUUUUGUGUGUAGAACUUUCACCUUUUUGAGAAGAUCAAAAGAGUGUUCUUCCACAGCAUUAUGUAUCUUUCCUAGUUGUGAUGGUGUGUUAAUGAAUACAUUGCAAUAGCAGUAUGGAUAUAUUUUUUUAAUUGUCCAUGGGUGAAAGACGUCCACACAUCUUCACCACAUCAGCCAAAAUCGCCAGAACAGUCCAGUCGAUGUUACUAUUAAUAAUAUGGUGCCUUUUUAACUGCUGGCACUGAUGUGUCAGUUUCACUUGAGAACAUGCACAAAAUCUCCUGUUUUAGCCCCUUGAUUUGCAUUGAUGGUAAUUGUCUUGAUUUCCAAUAGUUGCCAAUACAGCUUAGCACACUGGUGUUGAUAGAAGAGAAAGAGAGAGAGAUCUUAACAUCCCAUGAUCUCUUUCUAUCCUGAAGUUCUGUUUGUAGAGUGUUCAUGUUGUGUGAGAGUAGAAAUGUCAUACUAAAACUGAUGAUUGUAUAUCCUUAUCGGUUAUCGUAUUGACAGAUAAGCAACACGGGAUAGUUUGAUUGAUACAGGAUUUUUCUAAGUGGUUGUUCUUGAGGGCUGGUUUUGGGAGCCCCUGCGGUGAGUGGAAGAACAUGAAUGUGUGAGCUGUUUCCACCUUGUGGAAGGUUCCGUAUUAUUCUGGGUUUUAUGGUUUUGUGAUACAACAUUUUAAUGCCUUUUAUGUGGGACCAUGAUAUCGGUCUGUUUUUUUUUUUUUUUUUUCAGUGCCUUUUUUUUUUUUAACUGCUGCCUUGUCAAUGCACUUUAUACAGCAAAAAAUGCAUACAGUAAAAUGGAUGUUAUUUUCUAAUGUUGGGCACGGCCCCCCGAGGUGUGUUGGCACUUCAGGUCCAGAUGCAGAAACAGUGAGUUAUUUAGAAGUGAAGAGGGCAUGUAUGACUGGAGGUGGUACAUGUUGGUGUGGUUGAGGGCAACUUUUGCACCACCACGUUUGAGAUUUAGUGCCAGUAAAACGGAGAUUCUGUAGAAUCUGUAGAAAACUUUGAAACUGAUCUUGAGUGAAUGUAUUAAAGUUUGACUGAGGGGACAAUUUUUUUACCUCAACAGCAGUCUUGGGCAUAAUAUGGAGGACAGGCAUUCUUGUGAACUGAAAUAUGUGAUGGAAUGAUGCAAAACUAAGCAACACUAAUGACUCAUUGACCAACUUCAUCACUAUCUGAGACCCGUGGCAAGUGAACCAAGCACAUAUACUGUAUACUAAGGACUGCUGUGUAGCAUGUAAAUACAACUCUACAAAUAUGUUGACAUUGGCAAGCAGUUUUAAAAAUGCAUUAAGGUGGCAAAGCACUUAAUAAUUUACUUUGACCCUCAGUUAUUUUCCCAGCACAGAUCCCAUAGCUUCCAAGUGUUUCAUGAUUAACUUCUUUCUAACCUACUUUCCUGUCAGCCUGCUUUCCCUAAACUAAGAUUGCUUUUAGGGAGUGACUAUCUCCAUAUGGAAGUUCGAAACACUUCACACAUAUAUACAAAAGAUCUAGAGAUGAUUAGGAAAUAUAUCCUCCUAUGAAUCAUUGAAGCAAAGCAAAAUGUUAAUAUUGUGUAUAUUUACAAUGUAAAAGAGAUUAAACCUUUUAAAAACUAAACUUGCAUUUUGGAAAUAAGGAAACAUGAUCAUCUCUAAGACUAACAUUAUUUAACUGAUGGAUUAUGCAGAUAUUAGAAAAUUUAAAGGAAUAUCGAAGACAUUGAUGUUGGGGUCUUUGAAAGUAGCUGAUGAACCUGUGCUUGGUUGUACACUGAUUCUAACUGCUCCUUUUGCCGUGCCUGCUCUUGCUUCAUCUAGCUUUCCUGUUUCUAUUAUUCAUUGUCCCCUUUGAAACCAACUAUUGCAGUCAAGUGCCCCACCCCACAGAUUGGUAUGCCUUCUGAUGUUCACAUUGUUCACAUUGUUCAAUGUGAUGCUGUCACUGUGCAACAAAUAAUAACUUCUCUUCACAAAAGUACUCGAAAGAUUUAUUUUUCAAGCAGCAUGGUUGUUUUGUUUUUUUAACUAUGUCCUCUGCUCUCCUCCAAAAUCAAUUAUGAUCUUAUGUUACAUUGGCUGUCCCAAUACCUUCCCAACAUUUUCCUUUUUAAUUUCUAUUUUAGAGGUGACAACAAAACCAUUAGGCAGCUAAUACAUUGCUGUUUAAUUCUGCAAAGUUGUCACUGAUCAGUGGUUUGGAAAGAAGAUGGAAAGGUAUGGAUUAUUUAGAGGAUGUAACUUUGCUUAACAUUAAAUGCCAAUGGUUCGAAUGUCAAGCCAGUCAAGCCUCACUUCAAACAGAAAUGGACUAAUGCCAACCUGAAGUUAUCACACCUUCGAUUCCGUGUUUUAAAUCAAUAUUGUGAGAGGGAGACUACUUUAGGUAUUUUUUAUUCAUAAUUGUUUUAAUCUCUUAUAAGGCUUCUUCAACAACCUGAAUAUUUUUUUUUUCUCCAUUAUAUUUUAAAUAUAAUUGUAACAUUGCCGUCAACUUUUGUCCUACUGACUGAACGUAUGGAAUACUGAAUGAGAAAUGGUCUUAAGAAUAUUGAGGUCCUCCCUCUGGUCAAACACUGUGCCAUGACAGAGCUGCCCAGCCCAGCCAUCACUGCUUUGUAUCAUCAUCCUAGUCACCUGUUAUUUGGGCUGAUGGCAUAAAAUGAUCAAAAUGUAAGCAUGCAAGCCAACUGCUGUGGUCAUGUAGGCAAUGUGGAAGCUGGAAAAGAAUGGUGAAAGGCAACAUUUUGAAGCAAAACAAAGAGGGGGUGUUUCUAUGAGGAUGUCAGUAUUCUUCCUUGGCUCAGCGUUACCACUACAACUCAUAUAACCUGUAUUAAAAUGUAUAGAUUGUGAAACCUCUUAUUGAAUGUCUGAAAGAUUAUGAAGAUUAUACAUACAAGUUGGAAAAAAAUACAAAGUGGAUUUAAAUUGUGUAAAAAAGAUUCAUAAACAGAAGAAUAAAAACUAGGAUCAAAUGUACUAUUUUGUUUGUAUUAUAAUUACCAUUAUGUUGGCGGAGGGAUAUUGAACAGAAAUCAACUGUAAUAAAGUAAUUUUAGUAUA